AUGGUACUAAACUACAUAACCCACCGAGCCCCGGCAAACACAGGAACGGGUAAUAACUACAAACCCACGAGCCCCGGCAAACACAGGACAGGUAACUACUCAUAAUCCCCGACCCCUGGCAACACAUGACCGGUAACUAACUACAAUAACCGCACGAUCCCCGGCAACACAGGACAGGUAAACUAACUACAUACCCACGAGCCCCGGCAACACAGGACAGGUAACUAACUACAUACCCACGAUCCCCUGCAACACAGGACAGGUUACUACCUACAUAACCCAACGAGCCCCGGCAACACAGGAC